AUGAGUAUUCCUUCGGCUUCUGACUCUUCUUAUCACACAUGGACCUCAAGUAGUGCACCGAAGGUGUCUCAGGAUGAGGCUAAACCACAGGAAGCCGCAAACCAAAAGCCGACACGACUAGAACGAGCAAAAGCAGCGAUCGAAGUGAUGGAGAAGCGUCUGAGUGAAAACAAAAAGGUGCGGGAGCGUCUGAAGAAUUUGGACGCAAAAUUGGACCAGGUCAACAGGGAAAUGGAAAACGCAUACGUGAAGAUAAAGGACCAACUCACAAGGGCUGAGCUUGGCCAUCAACGUCAUCAUAAAAAUUGUACGGCGAACACUUGUUCUAGUGUGUCACCUAAUCACACAGUUUCGUCAUGGGAGAAUAGCGUUUGCUUCGACAGGCCCUCGUACCAGCCCGUGGGAAAACCAAAAGGUGGCGUGGCUUCAAUAGAGCAAAGAUUGACCGAAAUGGAACGCGCUUUGAAACGACUUGACAACAUCGAGAGUUGUCUGGCUAAACUUUCGGUACAACUGAGCAAUCCGUCGGUCAGAAGCUCGUCCACUAUCCCAUGCAAUACGUCCAAUAGAAAUCUCUACGGUUGUCAUGAAAUUAACGAAAUUUUCUCACAGACGCAAGCAGAACUGCAACGAGCAAGGACUGCCAUCUCACGGAUGCUCGCCAUGCCGGCUGUGUAUUCGAUGCGAACGAACGCUGAGGGUAUAAGGGAUCGCAGUGAGCUCGACACACUCGGAAAACUCAUCGAUCGCUUUUUAGUGAAACUUAAAAAUUCA